CGCUGCACGAACGUUUUCGUCGGUGCUGGCGCGAUCAGUGCGAUCUCCGGCAUAAAUUCAGGGACUUGCUUGCACGAUCAGAAGCACGGCGUUAUGCCUAACGACUGGGACAAGGUUCUUACUGAAGACGCGCCGGCACAGUCACCAGCGGCCGCCGCUCCAUCUGAGACAGGUGCCCACUGUCCGCGACUGCGCGAACUUGCCGUCCGAAUACCGCGCAGCCGUGCAUGUCGAAGAAGGAGCUUCCACGAAGGCGACAGCAAGGCUCCGAUACUCGAAGAAGAGCAGAAGUGCCAAUUUUUGUGGUCGUUGUCCUCUCCUUCGCCGUCCCCAAAGCCCCGCGGUGCCAGUCGGGAACUGCUGUCUGACAUCGAGCCUUCGCCAUCUUGCACGUCCAAGGAUAACCUUGUCUUUGUUUAUUCCAGCCCCGAAAGCGAAGGAAAGAACAAGAAAACAGUUAUCGUGCCCCCUGCGGACGUUCGUCAGGCCUCUUCUCCAAGCUCGAACCAAAGUAGCGACUUCGAAAGCGACCCGAAGUGGACUGGCAGUCCUUCACAGACACCCGCCGGCUGUCUCAACGUUACGGCGAGUAGCGGACCCAUAUGCCGCAUUUGCCACGAGGGAGAGGAACAGGACUCGCUCGUGUCGCUGUGCAGGUGCUCGGGCACCGUGGGCCUCCUGCACAUCACCUGCCUAGAGCGCUGGCUGAACGCCCGAAACAUAGAUCAUUGCGAACUUUGCCACCACCGCUUUCCAACCCAGGGUCAAGCCACUUGCGUGCGCCAGUUCAUCCACUGGGCGCUGCACGGCGAUUCGCAGCGGGCGGUGCUGCGAGACUUGUUUUGCUUCGUGCUCCUGACGCCGGUGGCCGCACUUAGCUGUUUCUUGUGCCCUCACAGCGCCUCUAAGCAAGUGCUCGAAGGUCGCACCACUGAGGCCGCCAGCCUGGUCACUCUGGCCGGCCUCUUUGUCACGGCCUACGUGGCCUGGUCAUUCCUCAAGGUUCGCUUCCACUACCGAGCUUUCGCGGCAUGGCAGGUAAGCAAUCCGAUGCGCAGGAUCCUGGCACCGCCUUUAGCCAGAGCAACAGCUGCAGGCGGACAAGAUUUAACGACGGGCGUUCAAUCGGGGAUCGUGCGAGAGCUGGUGGACGUCGUCGCCGGAAGCGUCAACGAGACCGGGCGCACGUCCACGGCACAGGGUCAAGGCGGCGUCCGACGAGCGGCUUUGGAACCUUCACCGAACGUUUUGCCGGAAGACCCGCCUUCUGCGCUGCAGCAGGCUGCCUACGUACUCUGCCCAUUUACAAGCUGCGUGUUUUGACAGAUGUUUCUGGUAGUUUUGGUAAACGUUCUUAUUGGUCUUAUGGUCUAAGCGAAAGGAUGCGUUAAGUAUUCCUUGUAAUUUAAACAUUCUUUUUAUCGGACUGUCAGCGCUGUGUAACUUCUCCUGUUUUAACUUUUUACUCGAUUCAUUUCUGCAAAUAAAGAGCUUGCUCGUA